CAUUUCAACAGUAAACAAAGACCAGAAAAUGGCGCUGAUCCUAAACAACACAUUCCUCGUGGAGAGUAGUAGAGAAGUACCGGUCUGUUAUGAAGUGCAGGAAGAAGGACAUACUGUCAUACACCCGGAGUUCCUCGAGGACGCCAAGGUGUACUGCAACGGUGCGCUAGUGAUGACCACUGGCCGGACCCAGAAGGAGUACACCGUCUACGUGUGGUCCAGUAACCACCCCUUCUACGUACCUCAGCAACCGCUCCGCGCGCUCUACGACCAGGUAGAGAAGUUCAGCAAGAAUUAUGGAGAGCUCUCUCAGGUCAUGGAGAUCUCCGUGCUCAAAGGUGAGAUUCUGCUCCCUACUAAGCGCAAACCCAUUUCGGUUAAAGGAGGCAAGCCGCAAGAAGAAGUAUAUGAACAACUCGCAGUACUUCCCUUUUCGCUGUAACCUGGAGAAUUGCAAAAGAAAUCUCUUUUUUUUUUUUUCCCUUUCUAAAUAGCAUUUCCCGGCAUACGAAAUAGGAAUUGUUUAUGGUUGAUACCCAAUAUGUACUGAGUGAAUUGCAUUUAAUCUGUUCGUGGAAAUGUAUGGGUUUUGGCUACGGUGUCGAACUACAUUUUAAUUUUCUUGUCUUGCUGAUGAAUAAUUGUAGUCAUCUUUAUUAGGGUCGUUUCCUUCCUCAUCCUUACUCUCGUACAAUCUGAUGGUCCGUUUAUGUUGUGAAACAGCUAAGAGAUGGGGCAUGCUGAGAAUUUUAGAUGAGGGUUGCUCCGUUACAAUGCGGUUUCAACCUCUCAUUAACUUUUGGAAAAUAGCAGAUUCUUUGUUCUCAAAUCUGAGUUAUAUUCUUCAGAGAGCAUGAACAUGAUUUUGACAUGGACUUCACACUUCAAAGGCAUCACUUUACCCGUUACUCAAUUUGCAAAUUGCUUCCUCUCUUUAUAAUUUGUUCUUUUAAGUAGAUGCAGCUUCUGUUAGGAAAGCCUUUCUCUUUAGACAUUUUGGAAAUUUGGCAGGGAAGACAUGAGCGGCAGUGGCAGUGGCAGUACUGGUAUAUAUCAUGCUCAUGAUGAGUUAACAGGGUUUUACAAGACCCUAGGAUUUGUACCUGAUAAGUGAUAAGAUCCUUGCAUUACCCUAGCUAGCUCCUUUGCUGUGCCAGUCACUGUUACCGGAGAUUUCACAAAACCCUGACCAAUUGAGGAUGCACAUGUCUGCAUCUCAUUGUACAUUCUAGGUUUAUUUAUUAAGAAUACAUUUGUGAAUUAUAUACUUCCAAGCAUGCAUUUAUAUCCUAACAUUUUUGGUUGGAGUGGAGACUGUGGAGUAGUACUCACUUCUGAAAGAUGCAUCGAAUGAUAAAU